GGGGUGGGGCGUCAGAAAGGUCGCGCUUUAUGUUCGAGUCCUCGAUAGCCUCGACGAAGCACAGAGGCGGGCAGCAAGAUCACAUCCAGUGUGCAGCUCGACGCUCCACGGCUUGGCGACACGCGCCAAGCGUUACAUGAAGCGUCUUGUCUACCCGACACGGCCCGUCAGCAACGCCCUCUGUCGGCGGGACAUUGUGCCUGCUCACCACGGGCCGACAACAACGCCAUUCGUCGGCCGACCACCAGCAGCCCCUCUUAUUCGAGGGACACUUUGCGACGUCAAGCCAGCUGACCGAACGGAAAGGCAUGCUUUCGUCUGCGCCUCGCCUUGUCUACCCACUAGGAACCGCCCGCUUACCUCUUCCAAAACACGCCAAGGUACGAUUCGGCAAUCGUGCACGUCUGCCCAGCCCAAAGCUAUCCGCCACGACGCGCCGCAAUGCUCUUCUUCUGCGCACGUCCAGAGGCUGCGGGAAGAGCGAGGGCCUGACAAGAGUUGGAUUGUUGUACUUUGUCGCAGCUACAUCAUCACAGAUGUAGUCGCGACGCCUCGGGUAGGCACCGCUUGCACGUUGUCAGCUCCGCAGCAUGGUGUUUCGAGUGUUGAUGGAUGCGCAGACGCUGGGAGCGCUAAAGCGUGAAAAAUGACGCAAAUGGCGCAGACCCCAAGAUUCGGACCGGCUGGAACCUCGGUUAGCUGGUGUUGCGACCCACGUCAGGCGUAGAGUCGAUCGAAUAGCAAGUCGGAGAGCAGUGUCUUGCCUUUUCGUGGGCCCAGCUCAGCCUGCGCUCGUUGGCGGACCUGACUCAAUGAA